AUCCACCAUGCUCCCCUCCGCCGCCCGCCGCUCCCUCGCAGGUCUCAUCCCCCCAAAGAUCGCCACCCCCGGCGCCGUCUCCUCCGGCACCACCUCUGCCCGUACCGCCCAGGUCAUCGACUUUUACUCCAAGCUCCCCAAGGGCGCCAAGCCCGCUGCUGAGAGGGCUGGGGGUAUUCGAGGCAGGUACUUUGAGGGCAAGAAUGCUUCUGGCAAGCCCAUUGUUGCUACCAUUGGUAUCCUUUUCCUCCUCGGUUACACCAUCGACUACAACAGUGCGUUUGGCGUUUCUUUCGGCAUUGUUCGGGUUGCUGAUCAUCAUCAUUUAUUUACCUCCCUGCCAUCAUCCUUUACUGCUCACUACCCACCAAAUUCACAACACCUGCCAACACUUGCACCAACAGUGCACCUCAAGCACCACAAGAACGGCCACCACUAGAUCUUAUCUUGAAAUCUAGCCGGGUCAAAACUUGCAACAAGGAGCGAAGGAGGGAUGAAUGUUGGAAAGAAUCACAAAAAAACCCUUUUAGAGGAUGCAAAGCAUACAACUGUUGA